AUGGCAGCCAACGAGACUUCAAACGUCGUGGCCGGCGGCCCCCCGAGCGCACCGGAUAUGGCGCCGUCUACCAACUCCGCCAACAAGAGCAAUGGGAACCGAGGCAAACGUGGCGGCAGAGAUCGCGGAAACGAUAAGCAAAAACGGAAACACAGCGGUUUCGGCAGCGCAAAGGGUGACGUUCCCGACCAGCGCCAGCGGGUUCGGGACAACCGCGAGGCGAAACGCCGCAAAGUGAUCGACGAGGACAACCAGGGCAAGAGCUAUAUGAGCAUAGCUUUCACCCCCGAAGAGAUCGCCGCCGAGGAACGUCGCCCGAAGCGCAAAGUGGCCGUGUUGAUUGGAUAUGCGGGGACCGGCUACCAUGGAAUCCAGAUCAAUCACAAGGAGAAAACCAUCGAGGGCGACCUCUUCUCUGCCUUUGUUGCCGCAGGCGCCAUCUCGAAAGCGAACGCCGACGACCCGAAGAAGUCAAGUUUGGUGCGGUGCGCAAGGACCGACAAGGGAGUUCACGCGGCUGGCAAUGUGCUCUCGCUGAAGCUGAUCGUCGAGGACGAGGACAUCGUCACCAAGAUCAACGAACACCUACCAGAACAGAUCAGGAUAUGGGGGAUUCACCGUACCAGUAAUGGUUUCAGUGCCUACCAGGCGUGCGAGUCCCGGUGGUACGAGUAUCUAAUGCCCAGCUACUCCCUUUUGCCGCCGCAACCUCAUAGCUUUCUGGGCAAAAGGAUUGCCGCCUCUGCGAAGGAGCAGGGGGUAUACGACGAGUACAUGGAGCGCCUCGGCGAUGUCAAGGAUUUCUGGGAUGAGGUUGAGAAGAACGAUAUCGAGCCGAUUUUCGAGGGGUUAGACGCCGACGUCAAGGCAGAGGUUUUGCGGAAACUCUACGACACACAAGACCAAGAUCUUACCGACGAGGGGACACCAACGCAGCCGGACCCCGAGGUCGUAUCAAAGGACGCCGAGAUGAAGGACGUACAAGAGGAGGACACGCCGAAAGUAUUCAAACCCGAAAGAGACCUCACCCCAGCAGAGCUCGCCCUCCGCCAGGUCAAAGCCGCCUACGUCGCGGCGAAGCGGCGGUACCGCGCCACGCCGGCGCGCAUCGAAAAGCUCCAGCAGGCGCUCAACUCCUACCUGGGCACGCGCAACUACCACAACUACACCGUCAUGAAGUCGCACAAAGACGCUUCGGCCAUGCGGCACAUCAAGUCGUUCCAGGUCAACACUACGCCCAUCACCAUCGGCGACACGGAGUGGCUCUCGCUCAUGGUGCACGGCCAGUCCUUCAUGAUGCACCAGAUCCGCAAGAUGGUCGCCAUGGCCGUCAUGGUCGUCCGCUGCGGCGCCCCGCUCUCCACCAUCUCCGAGAGCUACGGGCCCCGCCGCAUCAGCAUCCCCAAGGCCCCCGGACUGGGGCUGAUGCUGGAGCGGCCCAUGUUUACAGGGUACAACAGUAAGGCGGCGGGGUUGGGCAAGGAGCCGAUCGACUUUGCCAAGUGGGAGGCCAAGAUUGAGGCGUUCAAGGACCAGCACAUCUAUCGUCGUAUGUUUGAGCUAGAGGAGAAGGAGAACUCGUUCCACCUCUUCUUUAACCAAGUCGAUAACUUCCGGACCGAUUACUUCCUCUGGGUGACUGCCGGCGGCGUGGAGGCUUCACAUGAGCGCUCCGAUAGGACAGAGAAGGUGCCCAAGGCACUGCAAGCCGAGUUGGGCGACGACGCCGACGGCGUAGAGGAAGUGGGCACAUAG